UGUGAAUAAUAAAGAGUAACCUAGGUAGUUCAGUUAGCAGGCAACAUGGCUUCCAAACCACGAUGGUUACCGCUCGAAUCCAAUCCAGAUGUGAUGAACAAGUUUGUUCAUCAACUAGGAAUGUCCAAAUCUUGGCAGUUUUGUGAUGUUUAUGGUUUAGACCCAGAUUUACUUGGUAUGGUACCGUCCCCAGUAGCAGCUGUUUUAUUAUUGUUUCCUAUCAAUGAAAAGUAUGAAACUUUCAAGAAAGAAGAGGAAGAGAAAAUUGAUAAAGAUGGUCAGACUGUUAGUUCUAAUUUGUAUUACAUGAAACAGACUAUUGGUAAUGCAUGUGGCACAAUUGGACUGCUACAUGCUAUUGCAAACAACAAACACAGAAUUGAACUUGAUGGUAGUUUGAAGAAAUUUAUAGAUGAUACUGAAAAGAUGAGUCCUGCAGAGCGUGCUGAAUACUUGGAAAAAGAUGAAAGCAUAUCUGCUGCUCAUGAAAGUAGUGCCCAAGAAGGCCAAACUGAGGUAAUUCUACAAUACAAUCUUGUUUGGUCUCUUUGCCUGUUGUCUAUGUAUCAAUUCCUUGAUUAUGUUUGUUUUGAAUUUCAGGAUGCUGCUGGUGCAUGCAAGGCAUUUAUGGCACGAGAUCCGGCUGAACUUCAUUUCACAGUGGUAGCUCUAGCAAAAGCUCAAUAAAUCUCAAUUAAUGUUGUACAACUUAACAUAAUUACUGUCAAGAAGCACAUUUCUGUGAUUAUGUAAUAUUUGUAGAACAUGUGCAGUUUCUUGGUAUUAAUGUGUGGCAACUGCCAGUGUCAUCUUUGUUAGUGAGGCUACCAGAUUAUACUGCUUGUUAUCAACAUUCCACAUUGGACUUCCUGCUAAUAUUUUGCUCUUUCACCAUGUAAAUGUAUUGCAACAUCAUGAAGUAUGAGGUGAUCACACUUGCGUAGCGUGCAUGAGAAAAUCUUGUAACUGUUACACAUGAGCAGCCUGCUUUAUCUAUUAGCCAAUCAGCAAAAGGCAAAAUAUUAUCUAGACUAUUGAUAUCAUGGUACCCAAAAUACUUGCAUAUAUGAUAAGCUUGCAAAUUCGGUGAUCAUUACAUUUUUUUGUUUGAAGAUGAUUUUAUUUUAAAUCAUUCAUUUUGUUAUUUGUUGUAUGCACUUUAAUAAAUAAUUUUUUUUUUCCUCAACAAAAUAUGCAAAUCUUAUUAAGGUAAUUCUUGUGAUGGAUUUUUGAUUUAGAUAGUAUUAUUUAUUUGAGUAUUCAUCACAAAAAUCCUGUGCUUGACAUAUCAGUACCAUUAUAUUCCACUUGUCUUCUGUUUAAAAAGUUUACAUUAUCAUUACAUCGUGAGACAUCCUACAUCAUCAGAUAAACUGUGUAAAUGCCAUGUAUGCGUUGUAUUAAUUAUGUUCUGUAAUACGGCUUGUAGCUCUGUAAAUCUUGCUGAAACGUAUUCCACUGACUAUUAAUGUUAUUAUGAUUAAUUAGUGACCAUAAGAAGCAAUGUUGAUAAGUUUUGAUAAUUUUAGAGCAUGUUGAAUUUUUGUUUGAUUGCCAUAUUUUGUUAUCGUGGUAGUAUUUGUUUGAUGCAGUAAUGCAAAACACGAAAUGCUCUUCGGAUUUAACUUCAGGUAAUUGAAUUGCAUACACACGAACAUUUUUAUUGUUGCAACCAACGAAAAACUGGUACGUUUACUGUUGAAACAUUUUGUUUGAAUAAAAUUUAUACCAUCCAUACAUGUUUGAAGAAACAUGCUCCAAAAUAUGCAAAAUUAUUUACAUUGCGUUUCUUUACACACUUAAAUCAGCUGAUGACAGAUGUAGUAGUGUAUAUGUAGGUAAGCUUGCUUCUGUCAAAUAGAAUGUUGGUUAAGUCAGGUUAGUGUUGUAUCAAGAUUGAAUGCAAUGUGUUUGUAAUAAAGUUUAUGGCUUUUGUGGCCGAUAGCA